AUUUGCUUUUUUCUGUCGUUUUACGUCUGUCUAACAGAGAAACGUCAAAACAAAAUUCUCUCAAUUUUGUUUUACAAUUUUUUCUUAUCAGUAUUAAAUUCCACGACUAUCCUGUAAUGUGUAUCUUAGUUCAAAUUAGAAAUACAAGAAUUAUUUUAUGACGAUAUUUGGAUUAUAUUAGGAAUAUAGAUCAAACCCUCUUUGUUAUUUUUGGUGUACUAUUUUUGUCCGCUCUACAUUCGCUGAUUCGGUGCAUUGAAAUAUAUUUUGACGUCUAGCAAAGAAUGUCUUCCUACAAGUUUCCACUCGGUAACAUUACAAUAUUGUGAUGGUUAUGACUUCGUGCGUGGGCAUGGGGGACACGGUGUUAAGGGAGCGUCUACCGGCCUUGUGGCGACGCAUUGAGGACGCGCAUUACAGUUAUCUAGAGAUCGAUGAUAGCCCUGAGAAACUACAACAGAAGAAGAAGCUAGAAGGAUAUAUCCUCGAAUAUUUAACUCUAGUGCCUCACGAAUGCAAGUUUGGUUUAGCGGAAACGGGGAAGGUAUUCCAGCGCACGGUUAACGAGCUGCCCGAUUUCAGUGCCUACCGAGCAGGUAUCGGCUGGGCCGCUAUCGCUAGGUAUGCAGGAAAUUUGCUCGCACAACCCUGGCGCAAGGAGUAUAGAGUUAUACGACUGUACUCGGGGUUCUACAAGCACGAGGUGGAGGCGAACCUGACGGGCGCGGAGAGCAUGCUGGCGGCGCUCGGCUACCGCGCGGCGGGCGCGGGGCGCGUGGCGCUCGGCGCGCCCGUGUGCCCCGACAUGGCCGCCGCCGUGUCGCGCGACGCGCUCAUCGCGCACUGCGAGUGUCAGAUUAUGUCACAAAUCUGGGAGAGCGUGUGGGGCAGCGGCGCGCGCGUGUCGUGGGCGGACGUGGCGCGCGAGCGCAGCGCGCACGUGGCCGCGCCCGCCGCCGCCGCGGCGCGCCUCGCCGGCUACGCGGACGAUGGUGAAAUUUAUUCAAACAUACCAAUGACAGUGUCAGAUUCGCAUAGGAGACCUAAUGAAUCUCAAUAUCCAGUGACGUCGCAAUGCAAUUGUUCUGAACCCGUGGAAGAGCCCGUUCAACCUAUAAUAAAUCCCUAUAUGAUACCUAGCAUGGUACCGUCACAUAUGAUGUAUCCAAUGCCUCAUAUGAACCCCGAUAUACCAGUCACAGUGUCUCAAUGUAAUCCCGUAUCGAUGAUGACCCCGUAUGGGGCAGUACCCUACUACUACCCUGUUCAAGCGCCGUACAUGAUUCCCACACCGGUCUAUGCACCUAUAAAGCACGCAACAACUGUACCAGUGAAUGGCUAUCCUAUGCCUCAAUAUAGGUAUCCUACUGUACCGACAGCUCAACUCAUAGAACUAGAAGCACCAUCCGUGUAUGAAAAUGGAAAAUUUGAACGUCAUCCAGAAGAAAGAAGCCAUAGAAAGAGCAAGUAUGCGGAAGGGUCUAAGCGUACAUCGAGGUCUGGCUUUAGUGACGUUUCAUUACCUAGUUUGCCUCGUUCAGACACACAACCGACUUUAAGUAAAGCAAAGGAAGACGGUAUGGGUACAUACGAGAGUUGGGACUAUGUUUUCAGAAAUCUAUCAAGUAAAAAUCAGGACGGGGAUAGUAGGAGUGGAUUUUCACAAUCAUUGGACAGGGAUUCGAGAACGCUUGACAGGUUAGACCGAGAAGAGAGGAGAUCGAAGUACCAACCGACGACGCUUGAUUUAGAAGAUGGUCUUCAAGCCUUACACCUCGAUAGAUCUUACGACGAAGAGGUAUAUAGAACGGCGAAGGUUAAUGAGAAUUUGAUGCGGUUGAAACUGGAACAGGAGCAGAAAAGAGCAAGACAAUUAGCAAAGAAGCAAAUUGAAGAGAAAAAAACGAAGAAAACUUUAGAACCCAUCGGUAAUCCAAGAGCAGAUGGUCUAGUUACUCUAAAAACGGCUCCUGAUAAAGUUAAACUAUUGACUAAGAAGGAUAUAAAAGAUAGGAAAGAUGUGAUCAAGCAACAGAAUAAUGUGAACGGUUCGGUGCCAAAUACAGCUGAAGUUAAAAAAGUAAAGAAGCCUACGAGACUGGUCGCAGCGGAAGUUGACAAGAUGAAAUCAAAACCGACAGAAAACGGAGUGCACAAAUCAGGUCAUAGUUCCAAGAGUGCCGCGGUAUCCAGCGGUCACCAAUCGAAUUACAAUUUAAAGGCGCAACUAGUCGUCUCACUGGACGAACCUGAUUUCACCCGUCGAUCGCCCCCGAAGCAUCAGAACGGCGAACGCGAACGAUCUUCGAGCCGAGCGAGUAACGAGAGAGAGAGACAACAAGAUAACCAAAAUGAGAUGAAAAGAGACAAGUGGCAGUGCGGUACGUGCACGUAUUUAAACAAGAACUCCUUAGUCGCGUGCGAAAUGUGCGGGAAGUCCAAAAGAGGCCCCGAGAUCGAGCCCCUCACCUCGGGGGGGCGGGAGUGUCCCGCGUGCACGUUAGUCAAUAAGAGAGACGCCAGGGCGUGCGAUGCGUGCGGGACGAGCUUAGAACAUUGCCCGACGUACAUAUGAACCCUAAGGUUAAAUAAGGAUAGAUAUAUAUUGGACAGUAACGCGCGAAAUUGUGAUAGAUUUUUAUUAUAGAGACGAAAUAACGAUAGAAUUGGACAAAUGCGCAAAAUUUAUGUUUGUUUAAAUUCAUAAGAAAAUAUAUUUAACGAAACGAUGUCGAAAAUAUUUAAUUUAUCAGAUCUGGACGUAUGAGACGAGGCUUGUUUUAAAACUAUCUAAAUGGCUUAUAAUUAUUUCUUAUGUCAUCGUGUCUUGCCUUGGGCUAUGUAAAAAUUAAGUAAAAUUUAAAAUAUAGGGCCUAAAUUAACUUCUUUAACUAUAAUAUUAAGAUUUUAAAUAUUGCAUUAUUUUGUAUGUGAAUGGGCAAUAACGAAUAUAUUUUUUAUGUCUGUUCCUGAAUAUGCUAUGAAAUUUUAAAUGAUACAAUAUCAUUUUAUUAUUAAUGCCAUUAUUAAAAAUAUAUUUAAAGUCAUGCCUAAUAUUAAUGCAUUUUAACAUUGUUAAAGUAUGUUUUUUUUUUAAUAAGUUGCAUACAUACAUAAAUAAAUUUAUUUGUCAAUUUCAAUAAUAUAGGACAUUCCUAACAAAUUUACUGUACUGUGGGUCGUAGCUGAUGUUUUAUACUUUUCUCAAAUCGGAGUGCUAUUUUUAUUAGCGCGUUCAAUCAAACUCUUCAGCUUUACAAUAUUAGAAUAGAUAUCGCUAAAAUCAGUUAUGCUUUUAUUUCCGAUAUAUUUAAUAUUGUCAAUUUCAUCGUUUGUGACUAAUAAGGGUAUGACUUAAAUCAAUAAUAAGAUGUUUAAGUACAGUAGUGGGUGUGUGAAUGUAUACGUUUUGUUUACACUGCAAUUACAUCGUACAUAGAUGAAUAUUCUCUUUAUAUAGACUAGUUUGUCGUCACAGACGUCCUUGCAAAAAGUAACAGAGACCCGUUUUAAAAAAGUCAAAAGCCAAUUUUCAAAAGAUUUUAUGUUUAUUAUUCAAAAUACUAGUAUGAAAGAUUUUCAUACAGAAUUUAAUUAUUUUAUCCUUUAAUGGGUACAUUUUCUCAAUUUUAUGGUAUGAAAAUUAUUCUUGUCUCUAUUUCCAUUAGCUUCGGCUCGGUAGUGAUACUUUGGCAAAAAUGUCCUUUUCAAGUCCUAAGUAGUUAUAUACCAUUAGGCUGAAAAAAUCUAUUCCAAUCAAAAGAGUCGUCGACAUCAUGAAAAAUUAAUCUGUAGCGUAUAUUAUGGUUUCGUGCAAAAAUUGCGUUUUGGAUUUUGGCGGUCGGAUAAUAUCUGCAUUUUUGGAGGAAAAAUGAAAGUCGAUAUCAGUAGCGCAAUAGUGUUGUAUUGUAUUUAAGGUAUAGCACCCAAGACACCCAAGUUUUCGUAGUGCUAUAUAGGAGAGCUAUUUGCAACGCGUGAAAUAUGUUAAUUCGAAGGUUUGUUUGUAUUUACGCCUCCGAUUGGAAUAGGUUUGUUAAUUGUUGGUUGCUGAAUUUGUUUUCGUCCAAUUCUGGAUUGUAUUAUUCGGCGUCUUCCUCAAUUGUUUUGAACAUGUUUCGAUCACAGUAAUCAUGAUAAUAGAAUGUUAAAGACAGAGUCAGACUCAGCAUUUUUACCGUUAUUUAAUUUGUCCUUAGACCACCCGCGUACGUCUAAUAAUGUAUUUAUAUUAAUUUGUUACAUUUUUUUAAUAUGUAAUAUUGUUAUUAUUUAUUGCAUUUGCUCACUAUUUCGUGUAUAAAAUUAACUCGGAGUGCCAGAUACAGGUUGAAUCUAUUUAUUGUUGUAAUAUUUUAUUAUUUAUUUUUAUUUUUAACUCGCUUUAACAGGGUAAGAUUUGUAAAAUACAGAUAAUUUAUUCGGUUUUGUUUGAAAUCUAUUUAUUAAGCCACGUUCCGGAUUGCACCCUCUAGUUGUAUGUAAAGUAAAUUAACUACUAUGACGUCAGAUCGUAGCUGUAUCGUCUAGAGAGUUCAAUUUAGGAUAUCGCAAAUUAUAAUGAUAGUUAAAAAUUAAAAUGUUCAUGUUAAAUUAAUCUUGAAAAUACAUUACAUGGUGUUCGGUUAUUCGCCUUCGAAAAUGCUUUAAUACUUAGUCGAUACACGAGAUUUAGUUUAUUUGUUUACAUAAUAAUAUAUAAAAUUAUAAUAUGUGUAUAUAGCCGUUAGUAUUUGUAAAUAAAUAGUUAACAAUAUAUGUAUACAAGCAGAUGUAGUCAUUGAAAUUGAAAUGAUGUAUAAAACUAACGAUUAGGUCAUCAUUGGCGGUGCAUUCGUUACAACGUUAAGUAAUUUUAUUGUCACAUUUUACAAAGUAAAAAUGCACUGUAAAGGUAGAAACAUAUUGUUAUUUACAGACGCUUAUAUGCUUAUGUAAAAUGCACGAUUAACUAAAUAUAUAUUCAUUUUCAAUUAUUAAUUUUAAAUGUUUUUGUUUUAUUUAUUAUUUUUAUAUUUAAAUUGGAAAUGGUGUAUAUUUGUAAAUAUUAUGUGCUACUAUGAUUGUGUACAAAUUCGCCUUCACAGUAAACGGUGAGUAUGCGAAAGCGUUUUGCGUUCGUUGCGUUUGUUAACAAUAUGUUUCUUGCUUAAUAAUGACUAUUAAUAGCAGUCGUAGUAUAGUCGGUCAAAGCACUGAGGACGUGUAUUUUUCUAAAGUAAAUGUAGAUUUUCUGAUGAUGUUUUUAUGAAUAUAUUCGUGCUUUAGAUUGAGUUGCCUCCGUUUGAUGAACGUUGGAAGCAAAUGUGACCUGAGGCGAGUAUUCUGUUAGAAAAGAUUAUGUAUUAAAAGAAUAAAUUACUAUUGUUUUACCAAA